CAUCUGUAGUGAAGCAGAUAUUUUGUGAGAAACGUGUGAUGAUGAAUCUGUUGCUUUUAUUACAGCGGUUUACACUGCAAAUACACUAAGAGAACAUAUUUUACAACCUGAAAAGUACUCAGUGGUAAAAAUGGAAUAUUCCCAACUAAAAAUCAAUUUGCAAGCGUUUUCCGAAAAAUUUGAUUAUGUUUCUAAAACAGUUCUACAAGAAAUCGAUCAAAUUAACAGGAAGUUAAAUAAGCUGGAAAGGAUUCAUUCCACAAAUAAUUUAGGUGACCCUAAUAACGAGAAAAGUACAAUAGAAGACAUUUCUCUGGAACUUUUGAAGAAAACAAAAUUUGAAGCAUCUGUAGAUCCCCAAUCAGCAGCUAAUCACCCACAAGAAUCGCAAACCAAAAAAGUUUCACAAAUAGUUUCAACACAAUUUGUAACUUCUGAAGAUCUCGAACAAAGUUUAGUGCAAAAUGUUAUCAAUAGCGUUGUUAAGCAACAAAAUGAAGAUGCUCUUGAGAAAAAAGAGUUAACACAGACUUUGCAGAUAAGUCAAAAAAAUGCUACUAGUUUUAGGAGGCUUGUGGAGAAAAAAUUUGCAUCAUUUGAUAUCAAAAACCUAAACCAAAACCGCUUCAAAGUAAUUGCUGGAAUCGUGAUGACUCGUGGUUCAAACAGUGAAGUGAUUUCUGUAUCUAUGGGUACAAAAUGCAUUUUUGGCCAAAAUUUAUCAUAUCAGGGGGAUGCCUUAAACGAUAUGCAUGCAGAAGUUCUUGCUAGAAGAUGUUUCAUUAGUUACUUGUACGACCAAUUGAAUUUAAUAGCUAACGGAAAAGAUCAAUCUUCGAUAUUUACGUUACGUGAAAAUAAGAAAGGUUAUAGAUUGAAAGACGGAAUACAUUUCCAUCUCUAUAUUAGUGUACCACCGUGUGGAGAUGCGACUGCUUCAAUUCCCGAUGGGUGUUUGAAAGUUAAAGUUGAAUCUCAAGAAGGAACUUCUCCUGUAGGAGACACAACCAUCCAAACCUGGGAAAAUAUUUCUAAUGGUCGGAAGUUAAAAAUAAUGUCUUGUUCGGAUAAAAUUUGUCGGUGGAAUGUUCUGGGGCUUCAAGGAGCUUUACUGUCACACUUUAUUGAACCCAUCUACUUGACAUCUAUCGUUAUAGGGGCUCAAACGAAUUUAAAUAAUUUACGAAGAGCGACUUACGAACGAAUAACAAAGACGGUUCAAAAUGAACUUUCUUUUCCAUAUCGUCUCAACCGUCCAUCGCUUUUUGCUCUAAUUCCUCAAAACAAAAAACAAAGUGGCGAAGCGCCCGCUUUUUGUGUUAACUGGACUUUAGGCAAAUCUGAGCCUGAAACAAUUGUAACUAAAAUUGGGCUACCUGAGUUAUGGGGAUAUUCUGAAUACUGUAAGUGGCAAUUUAUGAAAAGGUUCCUCAAUUUAAAAAAUAAGAUCACAACUAUAACUAAUGUGGAGAAAUCUGAGUUUUUGUACUACAGCGACAUUAAAGAAGCCGCAGUUUCCUACAAGGAAACUAAAGAGGUUCUGUACGAAGCGUUUAAAAAAGCGGGUUUAGGCAGCUGGAUUUCGACACCCCAAGAACAAGAUAUGUUUUAAAAAUAAUUCAUCACUGUAAUAUAUACUGUAAUAAUAAGCCAUUGAAAUAUACUGUACUGAUAAGACCUAAGGAAUCCAAAACUGCAGUCUGCAUAUGUUCAGUGUGUUGCCUAUAAACUUUAGUGGUAUCAAUUCAUUUAUUUAAUUAAACUUAGUAUUUAAUAAAUUGUGGAUACAUA